AUGGAAUUCGGCCAAUGGGGCAGAGGCGAUGCUCGGAUGAACGGGUGGGUCCAACCCGAAAGUUCUUUGGGCUCGGUGAUCCUCGGUGAUCUCUUCACUUUCGCCCAGGAUCUCUUCCCUUUCGCUGGUGAGGAGGCGCCGGUGACGAGUUCCUCCAGGUCGAGAGACCCCGAUUCGGUCGACUGGACCUUCCCGGGCCCAUGGCGUGGGAUCUCAGGGAGGGACGUCCGAAGCGUCUUCGUCCGGGAGCAGCGGAGGUGUGAGCAGGGCCGGGGCGAGGACUUUCCCGGACUUGCUCCCUGUGCAGCGUUCCGGUGCUUCUGCUGUGACAAGCAGAUUCAUGAUGGAGUCCGCUACCAGCUGGCGGGCCAGGACUCGAGCACUUCCUGUUGGUCGCCGCAGGAGUCUCAAGAGACGCUGUGCCAACACCUCUUGGAGUCGUUGCUGGAGCUGCCGAAGGCCAAAAGCACCGGCAGCAACGAGAGCCGCGGCAGCAGCGAGGUCAGCGAGAGCCGUGGCGUCUCCACGCGGCAGGGUACAUGGGAGAUGGCCGAGGAGCCGGAGGAGAGCUGGGAGCUCCUCCGAUCCUUGGGCCCUUGGCUGGAGCUUCUCCAACUGGGCCACUACUGGGACCAGGCCAAGCAAUGGUGUCAGGAGAUGGGUGCUGCAGAGAUGGAGGAGGUUAAGGAGAACUGGGAGCUCUUCGCGGAUGACUUGGGGCUCAACGAGGAGGAAAGGGAAAGUUUGGCUGAGGCGUGCUUGCCUCAGGAGAUGAGCCCCCUCCUGCCCGCGGCGAAGAGCCGGGAGACCUUCGGCGACGAAGCGAUGCCCUAUGUGUUGCAAGAGAAACUGGGAGAGGGUGCCACUGCCAAAGUGUACAAGUGCAAAAAAGGGGAUGAGGAAUACGCGGUAAAGGUCAUUGAUCUCCACCGUUUAUGUUUGAAUCCUGGCUACGAGAAGAUCAAGCACACCAUCAUGCGCGAGAUGCGUUUGCUGUUGAUGCUCCAGCACAGGAAUAUCGUAAAACUUGUGGACUUUCAAGAGCAACAGCACACCAUUUUCUUGGUGAUGGAGCUCAUCCGUGGAGGAGAUUUGUGGGAAUACUUGUUAGGCAAGCCGAAUGGUCACUUGGAUGACAAAGAGGCUUGCCACCUUUUUCUCCAGAUCGUUGACGGAUUGAGUCACAUUCAUUCCAAGAACAUCGUACACAGAGAUUUGAAGCCUCAGAACAUCUUGUUGGCCGCGCCGGCGACCUUCGAGGAGGCCACUGGAAGGCAGAAGAGCUUGCCAACACCCGUUGAAGUGAAACUCUCUGACUUUGGGCACUCCAAGCUGGUCCGCGACGGCUACACCUAUGGAAGGUCCUACGUAGGCACUCCGCAGUACUUGUCCCCCGAAGUGGCGAAUCAGAAGCGCUACGACGAGCGUGCGGAUUUGUGGAGCUUGGGUGUGGUGCUGUAUGUGAUGCUCACUGGAUCGUACCCCUUCCGAACCUCGGAAGAUCCGGCCUAUUUCCAAGGCCGCUUCUCUUUCCGCGGGAACCGUUACGCAGAGGAGUUGAUCCACGGGCUGAUCAAGAAGAGUCCUCACGACCGGAUGUCGCUGGAGCAAUGCCUUCAGAGCACAUGGGUCCAACUCAACGGCUCGGACCUCACGCGUGGUCCAAGCGCCCGGUCCCUCACGACCACCUCCACAGCGAACGACCUGGUCGGCACCAAGGAGUGCCGCAUCCGGUUGCCGCGCAAGCCGAAGAACGUCGCAGCCUUCAAGACCGAGUUGGAGACCUUCUCUUUGAAGCACAGGCUCUCGGCCAACUUGGAGAACCUCGAUGUGCUGGUGAGCUUCAGCUGUGACAUGCCUGAGGAGAUGAUUGAAGCUACAAAGUCGGAGCUAUGGGAGAUCCUCCAUCGGAACUGUCCGGGCCUGAAGCGGUCGAACCUGUUCCCGGAGGGGCCGACGUCCCCAGAGAACCGCGCGUCAAGCAAUCCCAUACUCCAUCAGGAGCAUGAAGCCUUGGCAUCUAUCUAUACCACCGAUUUCGAGGCCUGGAAUGACUACGAGUGGGUCGUGAAAGUGGGUUCUGACACACAUCUCCGUGUGCAGCUGCCAGCCGGUUAUCCGCACAGCGAGCCGCCCAUCGUUUCGGUGGAGUGUCCCCGUGGCACUGCGCCUAAAGUGCAACGAGAGCUGGAAAAUUGCUGGUCCGCGGGCUCGGAGGGGUGCGUCUUCCAGAUGGUGGAAAUUCUCCGAGCUGCGGUGGACGCCAUGCCCAAACUGGACACUGAGAGCGGUGCCGCGGUGGAGAGCCCAGGUGAGGAGCCCCCCGUGAAACCAGAGGUCAAGGUGUCCUGUGAUGUGCAGAUUUGUCACGGCGAAACCUUGGCAGAUAGGAAGUCCACCUUCCAAGCUCACGUGGCACUGAGGGUCCACACUUCAACGGAGGUGGAGUGGGCACGCAACAAGCUCUUGUCUGAUAAGCGCAUCAAAGGGGCAACGCACAACGUGGUGGCCUGGCGCUUCCGACAACGUCGCCCCAACAAGUUGGUGGAGGACUACGACGACGACGGGGAGAAAGAGGCGGGGAAGAAGUUGCUGGAUCUCUUGCAAUUGCGCCACGAGAUGGACGUCAUGGUCAUGGUCUCCCGCUGGAGAGGCGUCGUGCAUCUGGGCUUUGAUCGAUUUAGGGAUUACAACAAGGCCGCGCAACAUUUGCUCGAGAACAUGCCUGAGGCUGGAGCGUGCGCAUGGCGGGAGUAA